CUGCUAUGGAUUCGCGGCUCGUUUUCACCUACGGAGAUUCGUGAGCGAAUGAAGGACUUUGAAUCGGAGUUCUGCGCACAAAUGGUUGAGUACGCGGAAGCGUGCCAUAGGGGAGAGUUUAUAGACGGUACAUUUGAAGAGAUAUCUGCACGUCUGAAGGAAAUCAGAAAGAGACCGGGAUAUCAGAACCCCACUUACACGCAUCCGGCGACUCCGCCUAAGGUGUACUGCGUCUGCGCUAAGCCAGGGUGUCAUAAAUGCGAGGAGACCCGCCAAUGGGUGACCACCUUCAAAGAGGAGGUAAACGAUAUCCUCAUGAGAACGAACGUGCAUACAUGCAAAGACAAGUACUGCAAGUUUAAUAAGACGGGGCGCUGCAAAGCUCGGAUGCCGAGGGAGGUACGUACCGAGACGGGAGUGGACCCUAAUACCGGAGCGCUGCGCUUCAAGCACCUGGAGCCCAAUAUGAACGACGUCUGCUCUGUUUUGAGCUACUUCUUUCGGUGCAACCACGACUGCUCGUGUCUCCUCUCGGGAAGCGCUGUCAACCACAUCGUUUACUAUAUCACGGAAUAUAUCACUAAGAUGGGACCGCAGACGCACGUUAUA